UAACCCAGUGGACUCGUUGGCGCCCCGUAUCAUUUCCCUACCAAAUACGAUGAGUUUGUUUACCCCGUUUGCCUUAGUUUUAUUAUACGGUUGACUUUCGUGUACUAAAAACCCCGGAGAAAUGGUGAGUAGCGGCAACAUGCACGACGGGUGUUCGGCCGAAUCGUUGGACGUGCACAGCUCAGAAGACCAAACGUACAAGCCUUUGCUGGAGGCGAUCAAAUGCGGCGACUUCGGCGAAUUCGAGUGUGCUGUUGACAAAUGCGGAAGCGAAGCCUUGAUCUUCCGUGACGAAUGGGGCUAUACCCCGGCGCAUUGGGCGGCGCUAUACGGAAACGCCGAAGUGCUCAGGUACCUCAUAGCCAGGGGUAUCACCGUGGACAUGUCAUGUUACGGUAUCCAGGGUUCCAAACCCAUUCACUGGGCGUGCAGAAAAGGGCACACUGCUGCCGUACAAGUGUUACUCCAAGCUGGAGUGAAUCCUAACGUGUCGGACUUUAAAGGUUUGACACCUUUGAUGACGGCUAGUAUGUUCGGUAAAACGUCUACAGCAAGUUUUUUGUUGGGCAUGGGCGCUAUGCAUCAUCUUACAGAUAUUAAUGGAGACACAGCGUUACAUUGGGCCUCAUAUAAAGGAUAUUCAGAGUUAAUUAGAUUACUAUUGUACUCUGGAGCCGAUCUAACAAAGGCCGACAAUUUCGGAUCCACGCCUCUUCACUUGGCCGCUCUUUCGGGAAACGCUAAAUGCGUUAAGAUACUCUGUCAAAAUAGCCAAAUUUCGUUACAACCAAGAGACAAAAACGGUAAAACGCCAUUAGGACUUGCCGUGAACCAUAAGUAUGAAGACAUUGCCGGAUUACUAAAAAAUGAGAUUAACAAGAGGAAAAAAUGGAUGAUGCCCGUUCGAAAAGCAUUUGACACGAUUUUUGCGAGUUCAGCUUACUCGAAAUGUCCUCAACUAUUUUUCUUGUGUUCAUUCCUAAUAUGGUGGUACCCUCUUUAUCUGUAUAGAGUGAUCCCUGCUACGUGGAACAUAACCAGAGGUUGUCAUUAUACUUACUUGGCAUGGAAUGUAUUCAUGUGGAUUAGUUGGCUAAUGACAAAAUAUGCUGAUCCCGGAUACCUUCCAACCAACUCUGGGAGUUAUAUUCAAACAAUAAGACAGUUGCCGUUCUAUCCCUGCGACAUGGGCACCAAACAGGAUAUAUUGUCUAAGCUUUGUCACACGUGCCGUUGCGUGAGGCCACUAAGAGCAAAACACUGUCGACUGUGUAACAGAUGCGUCCAACACUUCGAUCACCACUGUCAAUACGUUACUAAUUGCGUGGGUUUGGGAAAUAGGUGUUGGUUUUUUUGGUUCGUCAUCAGUCUGGUGAUGAACUGCUCGUUUGUCAUUUACAUGACUUGCUGCACGAUAAGCGUCGACGGGUUCGACGUUCUUUACGUAUUGGCACUCCUGACAGCCGUACCCUUUACCAUGCUCAGUCUGGCCAUGACUGCCUCGAUAUGCGCGAAUGCGUUAAUGAAUUUGACCAGAAACGAGAUGAUCAACUACAAAAAGUACUCUUACUUGAAAAACAACAAAGGCAAGUAUUACAACCCGUUUUCCAGAGGUGUCGUCAUCAACGUUCUGGAAUUUUUCGGAUGCACCCGGAACCGACUGGAAUACGAUGGGACCAGAUACUGUUACGAUUGAAUUUAUUAUUACUUUUUUUUUUUAAGAAAAACUUUCAUAAUUUUUUUUUUUCAAAAGAUAUCCAUGCAUUUUGAUAAUAUUUUUAAAAAAGGCUCGACGACGACAAACUACAAUUUUCACUCAAUUCUGCUUGAAACUCACGUGCCGUCCGGACCGUUAAUAUUAUAUAAUUAUCGUUAUAAUACUGCCAUUUAUUUAAAAACGUUUCUCUCUUUUACACAAUGCCGACGAGACGGCGUUACACGCGUGUACAAAAAUACACGUUAUAUAUUAUGUUUAACAGCGCGUCUGCUUGGGUUGUUCGAUGAGGGUAGGUAAUAAAAGAGCUUUUUAUAGUGAUAAACCGGAUUUAGAUCCAUCCAUAAACGACGACGACGAUGAAGAUGAUAGCACUGCUGCGGUUAUGAAACCAGUUUUAGUAUUCAACGCCAAAAACCGAAGCAUAUUAUGAUAUAUUUUAAUCAUUCGAACAUCGUAAUUGCGAUGUUAUACUUACACUUUCUACAAGUUGUGUAUACCGAUUACCAGCAAUACACAAUACGUUGUUUUAUCGACCAUUUGCAUACAAUAAAAUGGCGUUUUAUUAUAUUAAGUACGCGUACAGCGUGUACACAGGCUCUUCGUUGUUUUUUUCCCAGCACAAAUGAUGGAGUGCGCGUAGUAAAACUAUAAAAAGAAAGGUGGGUAUUUGUGAAAAAUAAAAACUCGCUUUCGUUCGUUUAUUGUAUUUUUAUUUUUAUACUAUAUAUAUAAUAUAUGUUUUCGGAAAAAAAAACACACUGAUUUGUACGUUCGUUAGUAUUAUUAUAUUAGU